ACACUGUUUCACCUUAACCAGUUGGUUAGCUAUAAAACGCUUGAGCUCACCGUUAUCAGAUAUCAAAAGCAUUCGCAAGCUCAACGUGAAGACAGCUCGAGUAGUCAAGAAAAAUAAAACCAAAGCCUUUCAAAAUGUUCAAAUACGCUGUUGUCAUCUUUGCCGCCAUCGCCUGCGCUGCCGCCAAACCUCAUAUCCUAGCCGCUGCUCCGUUGGCCGUUGCCGCGCCGGCGCCAAUCAUCACCGCCACCAGCAGCCAAGUUGUGGCACGCACUCACAAUGGCAUCGCCCUCGCCCCAGUGGUGGCUCCAGCACCGAUUGCUCCAAUUGCACCUGUCGCUCCCGUUGCUAAGGUCGUCGCUCCAUUAGCCGCACCAAUUGCCCCUCUGGCCGCUCCAGCACCUUUGAUCGCACGCUACGCUGCCGCUCCUGCACCACUUGUGGCCCGCUACGCUGCUGCUCCAUUCGCCUACUCAGCUCCUUUGGCCUCGUACGCUGCCCCUGCUGCCUUCUCGUAUGCCCCCGCAUACGCACCAACUCUGCGUUAUGCCGCCGCCCCCGCUCCAGUUGUGUGGUAUGAUAUCAAUCACUUGCCAACGUUUAGUCAAGAAGCAACCAACCAAAACUCAUCAAAAAUGUUCAAAUACGCCGUUGUACUCUUCGCUCUGAUCGCCUGUGCUGCUGCCAAACCCCAUAUCCUUGCCACCGCUCCAUUGGCCUACGCUGCUCCCGCCGCUGUUGUCGCCGCUUCAGCUCCCGUUGUGACCGCCACCAGCAGCCAAGUGAUCGCCCGCAACUACAAUGGCAUCGCCGCUGCUCCAAUUGUUGCCGCCGCACCAGUAGCCGCUCCCGUUGUUGCACGUUAUGCCGCUGCUGCCCCUCUGGCCGCUCCAUUGGUAUCUGCCCACUAUGCUGCCGCUCCUUUGGCUGCCCCAGUUGUCUCCCACUAUGCUGCUGCCCCUUUGGCUGCUGCUCUUUGGUAAACGUUGUUUAUUGAU